UCAGCCUACAAGAAAUCUAAGAAUACUAAAUUGUAGUAAAAUUGUAAAAGAGUCAAAACUUAACACACCAACUUCUUCCACCACCUGCACCAGACUACCACACCAUUGCUGUCUCAAGUUCUGUUCUUGUCUGUCCUUUAUUAUUAUUAUUAUCCAUUCACAAGACGCCAUUUUUUUUUUUCUGUAAGAAGGCAGCCAUAAUUAUUGGAUCAGCGUUUACUCUUGCACAUUCACACGCAAUAAAAUAUUUAUGCAAAUUACUACUACUGUACAAAUCCUACUAAUUAUGGCUAACUGAUUGUAAUUAUUUCAUUCUCAGUACCCACUCCACCUCUUCAUCCUCCUUGUUUUUAUCCACCUAAAUGCUUUCUCUCUUCCAUUACCUGUUACCUGUGGCUAUGAAUAGCAAACAACUCCAUUAAGACCGAUUGAUCUCUCUCUGUUUCCUCUUCUGUUAUAUGUCCAAUUUUGAAAGUUUACUUUAGAACUAGGGAGGCUUUUGGGUGGAGUUGAAGUUAUCCAAAAGGAGUAGGAAUCAUCUGGGUUUUUAUUUUUCUCUUCAAAGCAAUCUCUUUUAUCGCUUAAUUAUCAGUUUUUAGCAUUGUUUGAUAGAUGUUUGUUCAUUUGUUUUGAAUACUUUUGGCUUUAUGAGCAUUAAGUGUAAUAGUUUGUUAGGAGAUUUUUGGGGUGAUGGGAUUUGUUUUAUUAAUGGCCUUUUGCUCCAAGAGAUGAAGAUGAUGUUGGGUUUCGAUUGAAGCUGGCUACUAUUUGCAUAGAAAUUCUUUCUGGAGGUUUUGGAGAUUGUAUUGAGAAGGAUUAUGGAUCAAGAUACCCAUGAGAAUAAAGCAAUUGUUAGAAGUUUGGGUCACCUUAAUCGAGGAACAAGUGGAAACUCAAGUGGAGAUUCGAGCAAUUCGGAUAAUGGGGUUGUGUUGGAGAAUCAAGUUGUUCUAAAUCCAGGAGACACAGUGAAUGGUAGGGAAGAAAGUCGGGAUUUUCACGUGAAUAUAAAUGGGCUGGAGUUAGCUAAGAGAAUGGGCGAUAAGGAUGCAGGCAAUGGGAAAGGAAUUGGUGAGUCAUUAGAUGAAGGAACCAGCGAGAACUCAAAUAAUUUAGUUAAUGAGGUUGUCCUUGAGAGAAUGAUUGUGAUAAAUUCAGGAGAGAUUGUGAGUAUUAGCAGAGAAAACAACGAUUUACCAGUAAAAAUUGAUGAAUUGGGUUUAAAUGGUAGAGCAAUUCAGGUAGGAGAUCAGGAAGCAUGUAUCAGACGAGAAAAAGGUGAGGCGUUGGAUAGAGUUGAGCAAGAGAGUCAUCAGAAUUCCAGUAUUUCAGUUAAUGGGGUAGUGCUUGAGACAGUGAUAAUAGUAAAUUCAGAAGACAAUGCAGCUAAUAGAGGAGGAAAUGAGCAAUUGGAAGUCAAAGGCAGUGAGUUGGGGCCAAGUAAGGUAAUGGUGGGUAACUCAAAGACAAAGAUAUCCAAAGGGGAGAAACAAUCUUGUGUGAUUGAUAUGAAAUGUGGCGUUGGAGGCGGCAGCGGCGGAGGUGUUAAGGAUUGGGAUGGAGAAAUGGUUUGUCGGAUUUGUCACCUGAGUUCUGAGGGGUUGGCAGAAACUACUGCAACCACAUCUUCCAUGGAUCUAAUUCAGCUUGGUUGUGGGUGCAAAGAUGACCUCGGCAUUGCUCAUGUUUAUUGUGCUGAGGCCUGGUUUAAGCUGAAAGGAAACAGAGUGUGUGAAAUUUGCGGGGAGACAGCAAAGAAUAUCACAGGUGUUGGGGACAACAGAUUUAUGGAACAAUGGAAUCAAAGGAGAUCUAUUGGUAGCAGUAGUACUUCAUCGGAGAGAGGUGGAGGAUGUUGGCGGGGACAGCCCUUUUGUAACUUCCUGAUGGCAUGCCUAGUAAUAGCUUUCGUACUCCCAUGGUUUUUCCGGGUAAACAUGUUUUAACUAGGAUCACAAACAGAGCUUAAAGUUCUUCUCUUGCGUCACGCGUGCUUGUCUAGACCUUGCACCAUGUGAUUUGGUUAAUGUUGGUUGUGCUCUACAAUGCCCUGCCAAGACAUUUGGUGUGAUUUCAAGUAGUUAAAGUUGCAACCUCAACAACAGAGUUCCAUAAAUUGAAGGGCAUUACUGCUUUGCUUUCUGAUUGUAUAGUUGCUCUCACCUUGUAUGGAGGCUUGAGGCAGCAGUCUUAACAUUGAGGGGGAAUUUCUGUUUUCUUUCAUUUCUUUUUUCUGUUUGGUUCUGUCUAAAUGAUAGGAAAAAUAUUAUUUGGAGAGUCCCCACCAUACACACACAUCACCAAAUUGGCUGAUAUACAAGUAUAUACACAUUUUGCAUACAAUUAUUUAUAAUGAAAGAUUCGUUUGCUUGCU